AUGAUGCGCUCGAAGGCCUCCACUCCCGACGUGAGCGUCGACGGCGAGAAACCGACAGUCGAAACCAUCGAGAACACGUCCACGGCGAUACCUGUGCCGGGGAAGCUGCACUAUGACGGCGAAGAGGGACUCCCGAGCCCCCCUGUGUUGACCGAGGAAGAGGAGAAGCGGCUGUGGAGGAAGAUAGAUUUGAGGCUGAUGCCCAUUCUGAGUGUCAUGUAUCUGUUCUCCUUCCUCGAUCGAGGCAACGCGAAGCUUCAGGGGCUAGUUACUCAAUUACAUUUGGUGUCUAAUCAGUACAACAUCGCGCUGGUAUGUAUCUUGGUGCUCAAGAAGUUCAGACCAUCCAGGUGGCUUCCCGGGAUAACUAUCACCUGGGGCAUUAUCAUGACUCUCAUGGGCUUAGUGAAGAAUUACGAGCAGCUGGUAGGCACCCGCGUAUGUCUAGGCGUCGCCGAAGCGGGGCUGUUCCCCGGCGUUGUCUACUACCUUACGCUGUGGUAUCCGCGCCAUAUGUUGCAGUACCGCGUUGGAUUGUUCUUCGGUGCUGCAACACUUGCUGGUGCUUUCUCAGGCCUGCUCGCGUUCGGUAUCAGCUUCAUGAGCGGUACAGCGGGUAUGCUUGGCUGGUCAUGGAUCUUUAUCCUCGAGGGUAUUGGUACAGUUGUGGUCGGCAUCAUCGCGUUCUUCGUCCUCGUUGACUUCCCAGCAACUGCGAAGUUCCUCACUCCCGCCGAGCGAGCUUUCGUUGUCCAUAAGAAGAAAUAUGACAACUCAUCUGUCGGAGAAGAGGAGAAUUUUGCAAUGCGCCAUGUGUGGGCUGCGUUCAAAGACUGGCAGGUUUGGGUGCAUAUCCUGAUUUACUUCUCCGUCGUUGGUCCAUUAUAUGGCAUUUCGUUGUUUUUGCCCUUCGGAUAUACCACCGCGAUCUCGCAGCUCCUUACCGUGCCCCCAUACGUCUUCGCCACCAUCGUGCUCCUUAUCUUCGCCCUCUGGUCUGACCGCAUCAAGAAACGAUCUCCGUUCAUCAUGGCCGGGCUCAUCAUGCUCUUGAUUGGCUUUGUGAUCAACAUCACGGAUGCUCCGAUCGGCGCCAAGUACUUCGGGACGUUCUUCUGUGUUGCCGGGAGCUAUGCUGCGUUCCCUGGGGUCGUUGCCUGGCUGGGUAAUAACAUGGUUGGGCAAUAUAAGCGAGGCGUCGGAAUGGCGCUGCACAUUGGCAUCGGUAACUUCGCGGGAGCGAUUUCGUCGAACGUCUAUCGAUCGAAAGAUGCACCUCGGUAUAUCGUAGGACAUGGCAUUGAGCUCAUGUUCGUCGGCAUCGGCUUCAUCUGCGUGCCGCUUGUCGUGUUCCUGUACACGCGCAUUAACGCACAGAGAGACAGAGCCGAGCGGGAGGCGGGAGAGAAAGGGGCUGUUGUGUACUCUGCGCAGGAGCUGAGGGAGAUGGGAGAUCGGGCGCCGGCUUUCCGUUAUAUGCUGUGA